AUGAAUUCUUCCGCUAGCGAUGAAAAGCUCGGGCAAGAGCAGAUUAUUGCUCAAUAUGCUCCUUCUUUUGAGGAGAGCGGCCAGCAAUUGAAGCAAAACAAGUGGCAACACUUGAAACACUAUUUUACAAGUCGGGAAGGAUGGAUUGGUGACUAUGACUACGUCUAUCUGAUCACCCCAAAUAUCUGGCCUCUCAAUCGCAAAUACAAAGACUAUGUCGCUCCUUUCUAUGGCCUCAAUGAUGAAAUCCCGAUUCUUCUUACGAUACUUCUCGGUCUCCAACAUGCCCUUACAAUGAUCGGUUCCAUCGUGUCACCUCCUCUCGCAAUCGCAGGUGGCGCUUUCAACUUCGAUCCGACUAUCACACAAUACCUCGUUUCUGCCGCUUUCAUCACGACUGGAAUCUCAACAGCCCUCCAAGUUACCCGAGUACACAUUGCCAAAACCCCCUUCUACAUUGGAACCGGGCUUCUCUCUGUUGUCGGACCUACCUUCGACAUCAUUCCCAUCGCCAUAAAUUACACAUCCAUGCGCUACAAAAAUGGCACCUGUCCGACUGCAGACGAUGGAACCCAACUGCCAUGUCCCGACGCCUGGGGUGCAAUUCUAGGAAGCAUGCUCUGCACUGUGUGGAUCCAAAUCGGGAUGUCCCUUGUCCCACCCAAGAAGCUUAACAAAAUCUUCCCCAAGACAGUAACCGGCAGUCUACUCCUUCUCGUCGGUGUCUACCUUAUCAAUAGUGGCAUGCAAAACUGGGGUGGGAGUUCAAAUUGUAACGGCGGCUCUGGCUUCUAUGAACUUUGCCCUAGUAUCUCGGCUCCUAAACCACUUCCUUGGGGCGAUCCAAAACUUAUUGGCCUCGGUUUCAGUGUUUUCAUAACCGUAAUUUUUGUCGAACAAUUUGGCUCCCCGCUUAUGAAAUCUGCGUCUGUAGUUCUAGGCCUCGCCAUGGGCUGUAUCAUCUCAGGUGCAACAGGCUACUGGUCCGUAACCAACAUCAACGCCGCCCCCGCCGUCACAUUCCUCUGGGUUCACACCUUCAAACUCUCAGUUGACGGCGCCCUCAUCCUCCCCUUUCUCAUAAUGUUCAUCUGCGAAGCUGUCUCUUGCAUGCCCGACAUCCUCGCCACAGCUGAAAUCUCCUCCGUCGACAUCGAAGGCACCCAAUUCAACUCACGCAUCCAGGGCGGUAUUCUCUGCGAUGGUCUCGGCUCCCUUCUGUCUGCCUUCGGCACUGGACUGCCCAUGGUCUCUCAAGCUGGAAAUAAUGGCGUCAUCUCCCUUACCGGCUGCGCUUCUCGACGCGCCGGAUGGUGCGCCUCCGCCUUCUUGAUACUUAUGGGAAUCUUCGGCAAAUUUGGUGCCGUAUUUGGAUCUAUGCCUCCGUCUGUCUUAGGAGGAAUGCAAGUAUUCCUAUACAGCACCAUCGCCGUCGCCGGUAUCCGUGUCCUCGGACUCAUCGAGUGGAACCGCCGUAAUCGUUUCGUUCUCACAGCGAGUUUGGGCGUCGGAUUUAUGGAUAUCGUGCAGCCAGCGUGGUUCUCCUCGGUUCUGGAUUAUCAGGGCGAUAAUGUUAGGUUGCAAGGUUUUGAGCAGGGUAUCAAUUUGAUUGUGCAGACACCGUUUAUUGUUGGAGCUGUUGUUGGGGUGUUCUUGAAUUUGGUGCUUCCUAGGGAGGCGGGAGGGAAGGGGGAUGGGAGGGGGAGGGAUGGAGGUGGUGGGAGGGUUAUUGAGGGGAGAGUUGAGUAA